UGCUUCGCGCUUCCUUCUCUAGGUAUCCGGCCGACCCGCUCGAUCGGUUGUGGGCGCCAUGGAGCUCCACCAACUGGAACGACGUCUCCACCAACUCCACCGUCCGAAACCUCUACCAGGACUCCUUCGAAGCUCCGUCCGUCGUCAUGCAGACCGCCGUCACCCCCAUCAACUCCUCCAGCCUCGUCAUCCCAUGGGAUCCCUUCCCCGGAGACGUCAACCAGUUCUUCCCCGUCCUCCACAUAUCCGAGAUCUUAGAUCUCUCCGGUACCAAUCAAUCACGGCAGUUCAACGUCUACCUGAAUGGACUCCGGUGGCUGGGGCAUAUAAUGACCCCCGAAUACCUCUACUCGGACGCCGUCUACAGCAACGUGCCCUUCCCUUCGUUCCCCACCUAUAACGUCUCCCUCGAGGCUCUCAGCAAUUCCACUCUCCCGCCCAUCCUCAAUGCCUUCGAACUCUACACGAUGAUGAGCAACACCUCCGUGCCCUCGGAUGCUGGAGAUGAUUAUUUAAUUAAUUGGGGGUAUGCUUUUGCUGAGAUACUUUGUCUGGUCACAUUCAAUGCCAUGACAGCAAUCAAGGAGCGGUAUCGGAUCCAGAGGAAUUGGAUGGGAGAUCCAUGUUCGCCUAAUGCUUUUGUUUGGGAUGGACUAAAUUGUACUUAUAGCUUCUCAAAUUCUCCAAGAGUCAUUGCUCUGAAUCUGUCAUCAAGUGGGUUGACUGGGGAAAUAACCAAAUAUGUUGCUAGUCUUAGUGCACUUCAAUACUUGGACUUGUCUUAUAACAAUUUAACAGGGCCAAUACCUGAUGAUCUAGCAAACUUAGGUUCUAUCAAACUACUUGAUUUGACAGGCAACCAGUUAAAUGGAUCAGUUCCUUCGAACCUCCUUGAAAUGGCACAAAAUGGGUUACUUACCUUAAGACUGGAUGGGAAUCCACAUCUUUGUGACAAUGGUACAUCGUGUAAUGUGGUGCCCACACCAAAAAAGAAGAAACUAUCAACACCGGUGAUUUUGAUUCUUUGUAUAGUUCCAGUGUUAAUACUUUUUGUGGUGAUAGCGAUAGUUUGGAGGGUGAGGAAAACAGAAGGUUUGACAAGAGGCAGCUCAGUGGAUCCACAGAAUGGUUUCCCAAAGCAAGCAGAUAAUUCAUUGCGGCUUGAGAAUCGCCAAUUCACGUACAUUGAAUUACAAAACAUCACUAAUAACUUUCAAAAGAUCCUAGGCAAAGGAGGAUUUGGGUCUGUUUUCCAUGGAGGUUUGGAAGAUGGUACUCAAAUUGCGGUCAAAAUGUUGUCCCAAUCAUCAUCACAAGGAACAAAAGAGUUUCUUGCUGAGGCCCAACACUUGACUAGAGUUCAUCAUCGGAAUUUAGUUUCUUUGGUUGGUUACUGCAAUGAAGUAAAUCAUUUGGCGCUUGUCUAUGAGUUUAUGUCUCAAGGAACACUACAAGAUCAUCUGCGAGGCAGGGCAAACAAUGAUAGAGCUUUAAGCUGGAGACAACGUCUUCAUAUUGCAAUUGAUGCUGCACAAGGGCUAGAGUAUUUGCACAAAGGAUGCAAACCACCAUUAGUUCAUAGAGAUGUGAAGUCAGGAAAUAUCCUUUUGAGUGAAACUCUGGAAGCUAAGAUAGCAGAUUUUGGGCUUUCGAAAGCUUUUCUAAGUGAGGUGAACAGUCAUAUAUCCACUGUAGUGGUGGGAACUCCUGGAUACCUUGAUCCUGAGUAUUACAAUACCUUUCAACUCAGUGAGAAAAGUGAUGUGUACAGCUAUGGAGUGGUUCUUUUGGAAUUGAUCACUGGGCUACCUCCAAUAGUUCCAGGUACAGAAAAUGUACUCCUAGCUCAGUGGGUACUCCAAAGGUUUUCUAGAGGAAACAUUGAGGAUGUUGUAGAUCCCAAGCUGGAACGGGAGUAUGACAUAAACUGUGUUUAGAAGUGCGCUGAUAUCGCGCUGAAAUGCACGGCACAAAGGUCCCAACAACGACCAACUAUGACAGAAGUUUUGAUACAGUUAAAAGAGAGCUUAGAAUUAGAGAACUCUCAUUAUAACACUGGGAACACAAUCUCAGAAGUAAGUGAUGUGAGCCUGAAUAGUGUUCCUGAGAUCGGAGUCUCUAAAAUGUCUGAGAUUUCCAGACCAACAGCAAGAUAAACACAAGGGUAUACUCAACUCUUUCCUCUUAAAACUGUCAUUAUGGAUGUUAAGGUUCAGAAAUAUCAUUUGCUUCAAAUUCAUUAUUGUGUAGCUGUUUACAUGUUAUUAUUUGUGUGAAGAAAAAUAGUAUUUGGUGGAGUGUAGAUGACACUUUUAUUCUCUAUGGCAAAAACUAUUGUAUGUCCUUCUAUUUCGUCUUGGAACAAGCGUCCUGUAUUGUCUCGAUGUCAUCUCUUUGUUACACAAAAAAUUUCCU